AUGCUUCAACGUACCAAGUACAACCGCUUCAGGAAUGAUUCAGUGACAUCGGUUGAUGAUCUUUUUCAUAAUUUGUCCAUGAACAGCAAGAUCUCAGCAGCUGGGACAACUUCAGCACCAUCGCCAUACCUGGACUUGCCUGAAGUUCUCCAGAAGGACCAUGAUGGACCAAAUACCCUUUGCACUCUUAUGCACAAAGUGUCCCACUUGAAACUCUCCAACACAGGCACCCUUUUGGGUAUCAAAAACCUUUCCUCUGCAGUGAAGGAGCUUGCUGUCUCCAAGUUGCAAGGUAGCUUGGCAGCAGACGCUUCAGACAACGCAUGUAACCUUGCCUCUGCUGCUCCAUCUUCUCAGCAGGACAAGAGCAAGAUGAGUACAGGGAAAAAAAACUGGUCAGAAGAAAUGCACCUGGGAGGUGAAGACUGGAAUCAAGGGAGCAAUGUUGCCAAUAAAGUCUCCCAAGGGUGGCUGCAUUCGAAUGAGAAGAUACUGGGACCUGGAGUGACAUACAUUGUGAAGUAUUUGGGAUGUAUAGAGGUUCUACGCUCUAUGAGAUCUCUUGACUUCAAUACUAGAACACAAAUUACCAGGGAAGCGAUCAGCCUUGUUUGUGAAGCUGUGCCAGGUGCCAAAGGAGCCUUCAAAAAAAGAAAGCCACCCAGUAAAGCUCUCUCUAGUAUCUUGGGGAAGAGCAACCUUCAGUUUGCAGGAAUGAACAUAACUCUGAAUAUAUCUACGACUAGCUUAAAUCUGAUGACACCUGAUUCUAAACAGAUUAUAGCGAACCAUCAUAUGCAGUCUAUUUCCUUUGCAUCUGGAGUAGACGUGGAUACAACAGACUACGUGGCAUACGUGGCCAAGGACCCUGUUAAUCGCAGAGCAUGCCAUAUAUUGGAAUGCUGUGGUAGCUUGGCCCAGGAUAUCAUCAGCACUAUAGGGCAAGCAUUUGAACUCCGGUUUAAGCAAUAUUUGCAGUGCCCCUCAAAGAUUCCUGCUCUUCAUGAUAGGAUGCAAAGUUUGGAUGAACUUUGGUUGGAAGACGAUGGUGAGGCAACAGAACACCCCUAUUACAACAGCAUUCCAAACAAAAUACCUCCUACUGGAGGCAUGGUUGAUGCGAGGCUCAAAGCCAGGGGCCCUUCUAUUUCAGAUGAAGUUCAGUCUGCAUCUACAAUGGGAAGAGAGCAAAUAUACUACCAGAGCCAUCACAUAAGAAAUGUAUUUGGCGAGGAUUCGCAACAGGGACCCAGCCGACAAGGGUCUUUAGAUACCUACAGCAUGCCUGAAGGAAAGUCUAAUGGAACACCAUCAGGAGAGAUGCCAACCUAUGUAAAUACUCAACAUAUAAAUAUGGAAAUUCUGCAAGCACUUCAAGCAGAUGCUGAACAUCUAUUUAGUGGAGCGACAGAAAGCACCAAAGGCAGCAGCCCGGGAAAAGAUCUUUUUGACAUGAGUCCUUUUGAAGAUGCUCUCAAGAGCCAAACUCCCGAGCCCCUUUUGAACAAGGCUACCUCCGUGGAAUGUACCAGUCCCCUUCUGUCCAGAGCAGCUCACGUGGCAGCAGCAGAAGAGCUGAGCACAGAACCCUGGUAUCAAGGGGAGAUGAGCCGGAAAGAAGCAGAACAGCUCUUAAAGAAAUGCGGAGACUUCCUGGUGAGGAAAAGCACCUCCAAUCCAGGAUCUUAUGUGCUAACUGGACUACACAAUGGACAAGCCAAGCAUCUUCUCUUGGUGGAUCCUGGAGGAACUGUUCGUACCAAGGACCGUGUAUUUGACAGCAUUAGUCACCUCAUCAACCAUCACCUUGAAAACAAUUUGCCCAUUGUCUCUUCUGGGAGUGAACUCUGCCUCCAUCAGCCAGCAGAGAGGAAACAAUGACCC